CAAAAGCCUAUAAAAUUAAAUUUUUAAAAAACGUGCAACGGUACUCGUAAUUAAAUAUACAAGUGCGAAAGACUCAUGGGAACACUAAAUUCUCAGAUUUUGUUAGAGUAUUCUUUGACUGUUGAGAAUAAUAAUUAUUCCGUGGUGAGAUCGCGGAUGGGACAUAAUAUCGGAGCCAUUGUACAGAGAGUCGGGACUGCAUUGGAAUUAAACAGAACUAUUACGACCAAACAAGAGUAUAUUACAUUAUUUAACAUUCAACAGUAAUAAGUGAAGUAGAAAACUCACAGGAAGAAGAGGCAGAUGAGCGACUGUCCAGCAUCUCGACGGAUGCCAGGACACCUCCGCCGUAGAUGUUCGUAAAGAUGGUCGAACAGCUUGCUACACUGCAGUUCUUGACAAGCACGGAGAGUGCCACAUGGGAAUCGGUGACAUGAACAUCCACGAUUUAAUUACCCCUUCUUUGAUACUGAAGAGUGAACAGAAACUCAGAGAGAGUUGCAUGAUAUUAAUGGAUGGUAACAUUCCUCAGGAGACAGUUGAUCUAAUAUUGAAGCUUGCUGAGGAUGGUGACAUACCAGUUUGGUUUGAACCUACAGAUGUCUCAAAGUCCAUAAAACCAUUCAGAAGCAGCUUAUGGAAGUCAUUAUAUGCAUUUUCACCCAACUUAAAUGAGCUGAAAAUGAUGGCUAGAGAAGCAGGAUUUCCAGUGAACAUGAGCCUGAGCAUUCAAAAAUCUUCACCAGAGGAAGUUCUUGAAGAAGUGACAAGACUUGGUAACUAUUUAGUGAAUGAAAGUAUCAGCGCCACUGCUGUUGUCACUCUGGGAAAUAUUGGACUAGCUAUAAUUCGUAGAGGUAAACCAGAUGAGCCAUUUUAUGCACAAGGAAAAUGGCUGAAACAAACUGGUGACAUCAGUGCCCGCCUCUACCCAGCAAAAAAAGUGACAAACUUGGUGAAUGUCAUGGGAGCUGGUGACUGCUUGGCUGCUGGUUUCAUCAGAGGCAUGUUGCUAGGGCUGUCAGAGGAGAGGUGUGCUGCUGUGGGACUAGCCUGUGCGUCUGCUGCCCUUAAUUAUGAUUGUGCUGUGCCAGUUCGCCUUCUUUCUGAGAAUGCUAUCAGACAGACCGCUGCUGCUGAAUUUCUACCACUGCAUUAAGUAUAAUGUGUAAAUGGUGGUUACCAUGCUGGAAUUAUCAUGAAUGUGAGAACGACGGCAGGGGGAUGGAAUUGGUGAUAUUUUUAUCUGGUUUGCAGUUUAACUGUAAAUAAAUCUACAUUUUUAUAUUCUCUUAA